AUGAAGCUCAACCUUGACCUACUUGAAGGCGAAUGUGAGAAGACCAUUAUCCGAGUUGCCUCUCACCAUCUCCAGAACGUCCUUCGAGAGACACAGGGCAACGACCAUAAGGGUCCUUCGGGAGAUGCAGCCCAUAAGAAGCGUCCUAAGGGAGACGCAGGGUGCGCCAGGAAUAUCCUAAGAGAGGUAUCUAAGUUCCUAUCUGUUCCCUAA